CCUCACGGCAAGAAGGUCCUGGGUUCGAUCCCCAGGUGAAGAGCCCGGGUCCUUUCUGUGUGGAGUUUGCAUGUCUUUCCCGUGUCUGCGUGGGUUUCCUCCAGGUGCUCCGGUUUCCUCCCACAGUCCAAAGACAUGCAAGUGAGGACUUUGACCUGUUUUCCUGCGGAAGAUGGCUUCCCUAGCAGAUCAAGAUUUCUGCUCACUGGCUGAAGAGAAGUUUGAUUUUGAGGUUUCACUGUCACCAGCAAGUAUUAAGGGGGAUAAUGAAGUUGAAGAUGAGGUCUUCCUGGGUCCUGUAACACAUAAGGAGAAGUGUAUUUCCCAUGGCAUGGCGGUCCAAAUAAAGGAGAGUGUUAGCAGUGGGCCUUCUCUGAGUGAGGAGCCUAGCUGGAGCCCACUGCUUGAAGAGAACUUUGAUGAGAUUUGCAAAGAAGCUCAUCUUUUAGCCAGUCACCUUGAGAGAACCAUUACGAACCCUUCUAUAAAAGAAGUUCCUUUAGCUGCUUCGAAGUUACCUGAAAAUACAGAAAAGUUUGAAGUGGACUCGUCUGUAAAGCUGGACAUGUUCAGCAAGCCAGCUGAUGCACUUAGUCCUAUUAAGAGAGAAACAUUCUGUGUUCAGGACAGCCCCAUGAAACAGCUGCCGCCAGCCAUCCAGAAGCGACUGCAAAAGGUUUGUGGUGCAUCUUCAGGCAAGCCACGCCUCAGCACCUCAAGCCCAGUAAGGACAAUAGACACUCAGCCUAAAGUGGCUGCAAAAGGCAGAAGCCUAAUGGCAAGUAGUGGACUCAGUAAAUCUACAUCCAUGGUGAACUCUCGACUUUCUUCUUGCACCAGAUCAGCACUUCCCAGCAAAACUAGACUUCCUCCACCAAGCAAAAGUUGUUAUGGACUAAAGCGUAGCCCUGCCCGUAAAAACACAAGCAUUACAGGCUCUGCUGAAGACCUGCUUUCUGAUACAGCUAGCGUAGCCUCGGAUGUAAGUGAUUCUUCUUUCAACACAAGCUUGCCUGUAAAGAGGGGUUUCCCAGUCCCUAACAAGACUGAAAUAAAAGGUGCACCUGUGUGUAAAGUUCCUACGCUACCCAACAGGAGAGUGGUGAACCGAAGCCGUAAUACUUCCUCCUCCUCUUCUUCUGUGUCUAGUAUCAAUUCCAGCCAGUCUGUCUCUCCAGCAGCUAAAGGAAAACUGAAUUCCUCCUUGAACACGAGUGUUGGUAGUAUCAGCAACCGUGUACCCAGCAGUGGCACCAGACUUCCAAGUUCCAGUCGCAAAUCAGGAAUCCUCUCCAAACCCAUGGAAACAUCUGUCAACAAAAGAACAUCCUUCUCCUUACAUGGCAGGAAAGGCUCAGAGCCUCUUGUUAGACCAGUCAAGCCCACCCCUGUUAAAAGAGCUGAGUCUGGACUUUCUGUUCAGCACCAAACACCGGUCAGGAGGUCUAUGGAAAGGACCACCUCUGUGCCCAACAUCCCAUCACUAACUGCUAAAACUGAAAGCAAUGUUAAAGCGAACUCAGUUUCAAAGGCCUUUGUGGCACCGACUCCCACAAACUCUCUCAAAGGUGUUAAUCGGUUUGAAGUUACUUCUCCUGAUGUUCCACGAAUUAUGAAACCAAAAAGAUUGAUGACUUCCUGCAGCGUUGAUGGUGUUCAGAGGCUUGCACUUCCUACACCUUAUGGUCUCCAGACCCCCUCAGCUGCAACUGAGAAGCCAGUGCAGGCCAAACUAAGGCGCCCAUCUGCCCUUCCCACUCCUGUGAACCGCCGUGUGUCUGGUAUACCUAUGCUAACUCCGAAAAGUGUGCCUCGCCUCAACAAAGCAUCUUGUACCCCAGAGCCACUGCCAGCAGUCUCCAGUUCCCCAAUUCACACCAGCCCAUGUCAGAUAAAGCAGAGUGAACAGCACCAAGUCAUUGAGCAGGUAGUUUCCAAAGAGGAACCAUCAGCUCAAGCUGAGUUUUGGCCCUGCUCCCUGGUCUUUAAUCUAGAGGAUGAUGCUGACAGACCCACUGCUUGUGAGCCAGCAGCAGUGGAGAAUUCUGCCAAAUCAUCUUCAGAAGAUCUGGAGCCUCAUCACCCUAUUCCAGAAUGCCUACCAGUUUUAAAAUCAAAGGACAGUGUGCACAACGGUCAGCUGAAUAAGGCAGAGUUACAGGAGGUGCUGCUCUUCGAUGUUCCUGCUCCUGUUCUGAAACAAGAAGAAAAGGUUCUUAUUGACCUCUCCAACACACCAGACCUGAUCAAAACAGUUCCAGUUAAAGCUUUUGGUGAGCAGCUGAUUGAUUUAAGCUCACCGCUUAUAAAGUGGAGUCCUGCUGGAAAGAAGAAUAACGAGACUCCACUUAUUAACUUGUCCUUCUAAAGGACUUCUGUACCAGUAAACAAAUGCAAAAAAAUAAAAACACCUACAAAUCUUUUAACAUAAAAUGGCAUAAGCAUUUUAACUAAUAAUGUAUGUUUUAUUCAUGUUUUAUGUGAUUGUUCUACUAUGCUGGAACUAGUCAGUGUUACUGUUUGACUUGAUUGUUUUUCCAUAAGGUACAAAUAAAAUGUCUAAAUCUAAAUGCAGUGGGUGUUUGCAUUGUGUAUUAAAGAUUUUUAUAGCCUGGCAUUUUGUCUGUAAACAAGUAUUUAAGUCCUGGAUUUAGACUUUAUCUCUGGCUUGAGAUUUACGUUGGGCUUGAUUACAGAUUUAGUUAAGAUAAGGCUAAAGUUUUGAUAAGGCUAAGGGUUUGAUAUUUGCCAUUGUAGAUCUUAACCCCUCUUUUUUUACUGAGCAGUUUGCAAGUUAUUUAAACAUUGAUUGCUGCAUUAGUGAAAAGUACAAUUUAUUAAACAAAAACAGCUGCUAAAUUUCUGGAUCACUUUCAGUAAUAGGUUGUGUGUUUGCACUCUCAUUUAACUUUAAGCUUUUACUCUGAAAAGGUGGUUUGUGUAUAUUACCUUGUAACUUUUUUGCUGUUAUUCACAUCUGACCAGCUAAGUGUCUGGGGAACUGUACAAGGUCUUAAACCAGUAAAUUACCCUCUCAGUCUACAUGGCUUUAAAGCUCCCAUUUGAGGUCUUUUUGGUGAAUUACCAGUAUAUUUCUGGUUACAUGUGCAAGUGUGCACUGGACUUUUUUCCUUUUGUUUUUAAGGUAAAUACAACCCAACUGAAUUAAAGACAAAAUUGUCCAUGAUGGUGUUUGAUGUUAAACUUGUGAACUGAUGAAUUUUGUGUAAUGAGUAACUACCUGUUCGGUCAUGAAUGUAACCAAAGUGUGUAAAACAUGACUUUAAAAUUCUAAUAAAUAAAUACAACCAACCUUA